AGAGCCACUGGGCCCCAUUCCAUGUUGUCGUGGGCACCAUGUUGAACCCUCACCGCCAGUCAGUGUUGACCAACGCUUGUGUCAAGGUCUCUGUGGACCCCAUUACCCAGGCAUCCGGCACCAUCUAUGAGCCAAAGGGGCAGGUCCGGCUCUUGGGCCUGCUGUCGGAGAGCUCCCCUUCACAACAGGAGGACUAUCUGGAUGCCGGUGAUGGAAUGCUGAUCUGCAUGAAGCGGGCAAAGAAGAGAAGUCCUCACUCCAUAAGGAAGGGCUGCUGGGAGCCUGAGGAAACAGGCCCACAUGUCAGCGAAGCCUCAGACACAGAGCCAGAGCCAGAAGCAAACAGGCAAGUUGUUGCGGUGGGCUGGGCGACACCUCCCGCUCCAGGUGCCAACAACACCUCGCCAAGCCUUUCCCUGGCGCUGGAGCCCGCCAAGGAGUCUCGUCCUGGUUCCUUUCCCUUCCACUGGAUAUGGGAAUCCUUCUCCGUCAAUGGCCAGGCGGUGUACCAAGACCGUUCCCUGGAGAAACCCAAGAAGAAGAGGUCCCCUCAGGCUUCGACUGUCUCCAUCCACGAGCCCCCCUGCACGCCGGAGCCAGGGAGCCCUGGUCCCACUCCCUGUAGCCCUAAAGAGGGCCGUUGCGUGGAAGUGCCCAAGGCAGCCGCAGACGAUGGCCCCGAGGAUCAUCCCUGGUCCAGGCGCCAGAAGCACCACCAACCUCCGGGCCUGGCUCCCGGGAGCUCCCUCUUGCCCCUCUACUGGAAGAUGGAGGCCCGAUCCGAGGCCCGGAAGCGGCAGUUGCGCCAGGAGCGCCAGCGCUGGCUCCAGCUCACCCAGCAGCUCCUGAGCCUGGAGGACCAGUUCCCCAGGCGGGAGAAGCACCUCUCCCUCAAGCAGCUGGAAGAGAAGCUCCGAGCUGAGCUCCUCUGCCUGGCCACGGAGCCGGAAGAGCCUGGGCCCCAGAAGGAGAAGGGGAAAGCCAAGAGCCGGGCCCGGGCCUCCAAGGAGGAGCCGACCUUCCAGCCUGUCAUCAACCGCAAGGUCCCCAACUUCAGGAGCCUGCAGAGGCGCUUCCAAGAGCAACUGGAACAAAAGAAAGAUCAGGCAAAGCUGACUAUCUGUAAGCCUUUCCGACUUCACACCGCCAGCAGCUCCCAGCAGCUCUCUGGGGAAGAGGAGAAGCAAGAGCAGGAAGACUCGUUUUCUGAGGUCCAGCGGCUCUGGGGGCUUCAUUGGAGGGCCCCGUCUUGCCCAGACUUUGGCCCACCCAUGGUUCCUCCUGUGAUGCACACCAAGGCCUCUGACAAGCGGCAAGAGGCGAACAGACUGCUGUUGCUCGAAUGGGAACGGCGGGAGCGACAGGAGAAGCGGCGAGCUGAGCUGCGCAGGGCCAAGGAGCAUGAAGUGCAGCAGGAAGUGGCCAAGUGCCUGGCGACGUACCAGACCCCCAGCCACUCCAUGGGGUCAGUCCAGAGAAAGCGGGAAAUGCUCAGGAGGCAGGAGAAGCAGCGCAUGGAGGAGUACACAUUGCAGCUGCAGGAGAUGCAAGACCGCGUGGAGAGCCGGCCUUUCCUCUUUGAGAGAGUCAUGCAGGCCAAUGCCCGCCAAGCUGUGGAGCGGCGUUUCUCCCAGGUCCUGGCUGCGCUGGGCAUCGACGAAGAAGUGCUCUGGAAGCAUGCCGUGCGGCAGUCUGCUGGCAAGUCCUCAGCCAAGUACAUACACAAGAGGACGGAGUCUCCGGAGGAUCUCUCCGAAUCAACCUGAGAGCAAAGCCCAGCAGGCAGAGAGGACAGAGAGAGAACCUUAGAGUCAGCUAUGUAUCUUCUAGGCCUGUACAGCCAUGAGGCACCUGGAAAUAAAGCUAGCUUUGGAAAGCAGAGAGAAAUUCAGCCUGCCUUACUCUUCCUGUGUCUGUGUGCGUACGCAUGCAUGUGCAGGGCUGGCGCCAGAAGGUGGCUAGGUUGGGCCUUGGCCAAGGGCCCCUGUGGCCCAGAGGAGCCCCUGAAGAGCCCCUCCUUAGGGUGGGAGGGUGGCACUCCCGUUCCAUGAUCUGUGGCAGGGUCCAAGUGGAAGCUCCCAGGCACUGCCCCCAAUACAGACAGUGUGGAUUUCGAUACGCUUACGCUUACGCGCACACCUCACCUACCU